AUGUGGCUUCCCAGUCUCCUCAUCCUGCUCUCUCUCACAGAGCUCUCCCCUGCCCAGAACACCACGGUAGUGCAGGCGGUGGAGGGCCAGACCCUGUCUAUCUCCUGCCCUUAUGACCGUGUGAAGUAUUGGGGGCAGCUGAAGUCCUGGUGCCGGCACCACGAGCAGGAGGAGCAUUGCCAGCAUGUGGUCAGCGCCCGGCGCUCUUGGCUGCUAGCCUUCUUAAAGAAGUGGAAUGGGAGCACGGCCAUCACGGAUGAUGCCCUGGCGGGCAGGCUGACCAUUACCCUUAAAGAUCUCCGCCCCCAGGACACUGGACUCUAUCAGUGCCAGGGCCACCAGGAUGGGGUAGCAGACACCCUGAAGAAGGUGAUGGUGGAGGUGCUGGAGGAUCCCUUUGAACCCCAAAGCUCAGAAGAUUCCUGGAUCCCUGAAGAGACUCAGAUCUUAGAGGAGACCCAGAACCCUGAAGAACCUAAAGUCCAAUCCAGCAUCUCCAGGAGCCUCUCAGAAACUGGACACUCUCUCUCCUCCACUGUCUUCAUCUUCUUUGUUGCUGGACUCUUGCUCAUCAAACUCCUGGCUAUAGUGAUUCUCUGGUUUGUAACCUGGCAGAGAAGGAGGCAGAAGAUGAAACCAGAGAGUAGACACAAUCAUGGAUACCAGCUCCAACCCCUGCCAGGUGAGUGGGAAGAGGAGUCUGACAAUAAAGGAAUGGAGAAGAUGUGA